AUGUCGCAACUGCAGUUUCUGGAGCUGCCCAAGGGGACCAUAGUGCCUUUGACAACAGUUAACCCUGGUUUGUGGUACUGGAGAGAAGACACUAGAACUCUUGAAUUUUCAAGUGCCCAGCUGAAGGAGGAAUCUAAGGAACUUAAGGAGAAGACGAAGAAAGGCAAGGCCAUUCACUUCCAGGAGCCUGGAUCCAAAACGUUGGAAAGAACUGGUCCAUAUAUAUUUCGAGAUAUAUUUGCUUUACGGCCCUCUGCCCGGGAAGACAAAACAUCUCGACCAGUGAAGCGAGGGCAGAAUGAACUGAUUACUCUAGAAGAUGUUAAAUAUGCUGCUUUGUUCCUAGCACACGAAGAUGAUUCGUUUCACAUUGCUUCUUUCUCCAUAGUUAUGAGGUGCAAUCAGCUGGAUGAUUUCCUCAUGGCUUUGCUGUAUUAUAUCUCUUUUUAUUUGGAAAAAAUAACCCUGGAGAUGAAACCCAAAUCUUUUAUGGGGAAGCCCAGUGUCCUGGAAAAGAAAGAAAUGAAGGAGAACCAGAUUAAGUUAGCGGUGACGAAAAAGCACCUUGCCGAGACGUACUGCAGCCUGAUCCUUGGGCUGGGGAUGUCCGAGCAGCACCACAUGGCUUGCGGAAAGAAGAAAAUAUCAACAUCACAGAAAGACAGGGAAUUCUUUGAGUGCUUGUACAACUUUGCGUCCUAUGUGGCUUUCGUGACAUUCAAGCAGAAGAACUUCAAGGAAAUCCAGUGUGAAGUUGGCAGAUUGCUCCGCUCAAACAUAUUCAAUCCUGCUCUGAGAGAGAGAACCAAACCCAAGGAGGAGAUGAAAACAGACGUUACCAAGGAGGUGAAGGCCGUCACUUUCUCCUAUCGCAAGAGUACAGAGGCCAGGCAGCCGGCCAUAAGAAGCGUCAUGGACCAGCGAUCGCCAGUGCUUAGCACUUUGCUGCCUAUGGCUAAAGACAGUGCUCAGUACCUUUUCCAGGACCACUACCUUCGUCCCGGCAAAACUUCUCCAAGCUACAAUCCUGAAGACCUGCCAGAGUUGUCCUCAGUCGUGACAACCAAGGUUGGCAUCAUUGGAGCUCCACGCCACAGAUUCAUUCCUCACACGCUCAUGCCCAUCGGGACCAUGGAGGAGGAGGAGGAGGAGGACGUGGACAGUCUAAGGACGAAAACAAGCACCUCUUCAGUCCUUUCCCGGGAAACGAUGGGCACCCGGGGCGUUCAAGGUAGUGGAAGCCGCCCGUCAAUUUCAAGGGCUACCACCGAAGGGGACUAUGUUGUCGAGACUCCCCAGUAGCACAGACUAGCAU